UGUUAACUGUUAAGCCGUUUUCCAAUUCGCCUUUAACAAAAUGAUAUAAUUUUUAAAUUCAAAUGAUUUUCUCAAAUUCAAACGUAUUACGCCUCGGAUGUCGCGAUAUUUUAACUCGAUGGCGAACGCUUUCAUAGUCUUCAUCUCAUCUAUAUCAUAGUAUCACAGCAAGUUCAAUUGCAAAAAUAUUUGUGAAAUCAACGUUAUGAUUUUACCAAAUUAAUAAUGAGUGGAGUGCAGUUCAGAGAAAUCCACAAAAACUCAUGGCUGAGAAAACUACCAGCUGGUGUUGACAAGAAGUCUGCUCUGAAACUGACUGGUGGACAGAAGCUAUGGACUGUGUUUUGUAUACACGACGAUACAGAACCAGUGUUAGAGUUUUAUGUAGAUCAAAAGAAAGCAGCUGCACAUCGUCCAGAUAAUUCUGUACCAUUAUCAGAUACCGUCCAUGUUUCUGCUACUAUAUGUCCAUUACCUGUGAUGACAGGUGAUCAUCAACAACAGUAUCAGUAUGAAUUUGUUGUAACCCUCACCUCAGAUGUUGUGCGCUUAGCUGCUCCUUCAUGGAAUCAGAUGAUGGAUUGGGUCCAAGGUCUAGACAUGAAAUUACGUGAAAUGCAUAUAUUGUCCCCAAAAGAAAAUGUUUAUACCAAGCCACCAGAGUCUAGACCCCCUUUAUUACCAACUAGAGAUCCAAACUCUCCACUUCCUCCUCCACCGUUACGGGACUUGUCAACAAAUGUUUUACCUGGUGUUGAACCUGUUGUCUCAGUAGUUCAAUCAAUAGGUAUAGAUGAAGGCCUUUCUUCAGAAAUGGAACAAACUUUUUCAACUCCACCUAUUAGCCCUAAUCCAAUAAGUCCCAGUGAACCAGUGAAUAAUGUUACCAUUGUAGAAGUAAUAAAUCAUAAUCAAGUAUUCAAUUUUAGUCAAAUGGAACAAGUUUUAAACCAAACAAAUGAGCAACCAUCUCAAAUAUCAUCUGAGCCAUUAAUAAAUUCUCCUAGGCCCAGUAGAUCAACUAGUUCUACAACUGAAAAUGUUGCUACUCCAAGGCCGUCUAGUAGACACCAUCAAGUUCGGAAUACGUCUAUUUUAGAAGAAACUGUUAGUGGUGCUAGGUCUACUAGUCAUUCAGAAUUUAGUGAUAGAACAUCCAAUGUCGAUGACAUGCCACAAAGAUCUACCAGUGAAGUGCCAAAUGAAGGUCAACGAAUUAAAAUCAGAAUUGCUGAACCAGAAGAUGGUUGGCAUAGAAGAAGACCAAAGAGACAAGAUAUUAUACCUCCAAUAACGGAUCAAGAAGUAACUAGUAAUUAUGAACAUUUAAUAUUACCUACAGCUAUGCAGUCUAGACCACCACCUGCUUCGUCUAAUUCAGUACCUGCAGAUAUUGCAAUAUUACCAAUAAGAUCUCAACUACCAAUUGGUCGAGGUCGUGGUGCUCGUCGAAAAAUUAAUGGCGAUAGUUCACAUCCUGCGUUAGGAGCUGAUAGAAUUCGUGUAGCAGUAAAUAGUAGUACACACAAUAUGUUACAGCCAGUUCCUACACCAUUUACCCCCACAGAAAACAGAGAUUUAUUCAGUCCGAGUAGGUUAACCGUUCGUGAAAAGCAAGUUCUUCAAUUACGAAAAGAAAUGUCCCAUCUCGCUGGUGUACGGUUACAAUUGAGACGUAAAGAUUGUAUUAAUACUAUUGCUUUGGUUGAUGUCUUUCAAACUGUUUGGAUUGCUGGAUGGAAACAGAAGGAACAUCCCAUGUUGCAUAAUGCUUUACAUUUAGGUGAUCAAUUGUUGAGUGUUGCUGGAAAACCUGUAACAUGUUCAACAGAUGCUCAUAAAUUAAUACGAGCAUGGCCAAGCCUCUAUGUCGAAUUAAUUAUUAGGCGUGUUCCUUGUGGACGUGUAUUUGUAGUACGUAGACAAGAGCAAGGCCAAGACCUUGGAAUCAUCCAAGAAGGUGGUACAGCUGAAAUAAAAGAUAUACUGCCAAAUAGCCUAGCUGCUGCUCAUGGCUUAUCAUCUCGCACUCCUACUUUAGAUGGAUUGUCAUUUACUUCUUGGACACUAACAGAAAUAAAUUCCCGCCCAUUAAACUUAUUGUUUAAAGAAACUGAAGUUAGAGAUCGUCUGAAUGCAGUCGGGUUAGACAUAUCAUUAUUAGUGCAACCAACUGAUCUUAUAUCAGCACUACGCAAACAGCUUAAGUCCUUAAAAUCAUUUAAAGACUUCUUGUUGGUAUAAAGUUCACUACAAUUACUGGACAAGAUCAUGAUGAAUGCAGGGUCAAUGCAGAAGAAAUAUAUAUUAAGUAUUAUAAUAAAUAAGAAAUAUCAAACUAUAUUUUACUAUAUAGAAUUAAAGUAAAUAUAUUUUUAUUGCCUAUGAUUUAUCUAAAUUAAACAUGGGAUUAAGCAUUUUUUUAAUCAGUAUUUUUUUUUAUAACAUUUAAAGUUAUUGUUUUCUGUGAUAAUUUUGGCAAAAAAUAUUGAGUAUAUUUUAAUUUUAGUUCUAAAUUUUAAAUGACAAUUGGCCUAUGUUAACAUAAACAGUUUUAAUUAAAAACUGAAUUAUUUAACCUUGUUAUAUUGUAUUCUAAGCCAAAAUUGUAGGGUGUACUGCGUCAUAUAUGUGCAAUAUUAUUAUAUUUUGUUUUGUUUUUGUUAGUAAUGUGUUUAGACAUUAAAUUGUAAUUCUUUUUAUUGUAAUAAUUGAUUUGUCAUACAAGUGGUAUAUACAAGAUUUUUCAAUUAUAAGGGUUUUUAAUUUUUAAUUGAUAAAAAAAAUUUAAUUUCAAAUUGUUAACAUUUGUGUAUCAAUCUAUUUUGAAAAUCACAAUAAAAGUUCUUAUUUUUUCCUUGACUUAAAUAAAAGACAAUGGAAGGUCUGUAUUAUCCAACAACUACGUCUCGUAUACACCACUAUAUGAUACAGUGUUCAACUAAGCCAUAUUGUAGUACCUAUCAAAAGUGAUGAUAAAACCUGGAAAAUGUCCAAGUACUAGGUAUACAAAAAUAUAAUGCAAGUAGCUAUUUGUAACAAAUGGCAUUUGCUUCGGAAGUUACCCAGAAGAUUUUUAUUUUAAUUGUGUAAUUGACUACAGUUAUUACAUAAUCAUUAAAAAGUGUGUUGUCAAUAUUAAAUGCUAAUAUUCUUAUUUCAUGUUUUUUGUAGGGAUGAAUUUACAUUAUUUUAAGUAUUUAUUUUAUAGGAUAUCACAAACUAAAUAAUAAAUAUUAAUGAUUUAUUAAAAAUAUAAUUUUAAACCACUGUGGUAACGAAUAUCAGCCAUUUAUAUGUUAUUAUUUGCUGGUUAAUAUAGAUACUAUUAAAAUAAAAUUUAUCAUAUAAA